GUGCGGCGGAGGCUUUUUUCUGCGCGCGCGGGCACUAGCGGGAUCCAGAGCGCGCGCGGCGACGGACGCCUGGAGGGGUUCCGGGUGUGUUUCUUGGCACGCGCGGGCCGGCGUCGUCCCAGGGGGGCGGACUGGCGGGUUUUCACUGCUCCACGGUCCUGAGGCGGAGAGGCUGGCUUUAUUCCUGGGCAGAAGGGGUGAGGGAGCCGGAGGUGAGGCGUCUGGGCUGUCAGCGACCCGCGAGGACUUGAAGUAGACGCGGCGGCGUCCGCAGUGGCUCCGGGCUCCCGCCCGGGUGCAGCCACAGCGGGAGGGAAGGAACGACAGUCCGAGUGGCGCUCCUUCCUUUGUGUCUGGGUUGGAAUACUCACCUCGGCGCCCCGGGACUGCGUGGGCCGCCUGCGGGGGUGACGCCUCCUCCGCAGGUCGGAGAUUCCCGGGGGUCUUCAGGAGCCCCCCGGCUGCGGAGGCCCAGCUCAUGGUUGACAGAGAAGGAAAAAUUUGAGGGAGGAUGGAUGCAAAAGCUCGAAAUUGUUUGCUUCAACAUAGAGAAGCCCUGGAAAGGGACGUCAAAACAUCCUACAUCAUGGAUCACAUGAUUAGUGAUGGAGUUUUAACAGUGUCGGAGGAGGAAAAAGUAAAAAAUGAGCCCACCCAACGGCAACGAGCAGCUAUGCUAAUUAAAACGAUACUUGAAAAAGAUAAUUAUUCCUAUAUAUCAUUCUACAAUGCUCUGCUACAUGAAGGGUAUAAAGAUCUUGCCGACCUUCUCCAUCGUGGCAUUCCUGUCAUAUCUUCUUCCAAUGGCAAAGAUUCAGUUGGAAUAACUUCAUAUGUAAGGACAGUCCUGUGUGAAGGUGGCGUACCACAGAGGCCCGUUGUUUUUGUUACUAGGAGGAAGCUAGUGAAUGCAAUUCAGCAGAAGCUCUUCAAACUGAGUGGUGAACCGGGAUGGGUCACCAUAUAUGGAAUGGCAGGUUGUGGGAAGUCUGUAUUAGCUGCAGAAGCUGUUCGAGAUCAUUCUUUCUUAGAAGUUUGUUUCCCAGGGGGUGUGCAUUGGGUUUCAGUUGGGAAACAAGACAAAUCUGGGCUUCUGAUGAAACUGCAGAAUCUUUGCACACGGUUGGAUCAGGAUGAGAAUUUCUCCCAGAGGCUUCCACUUAAUAUUGAAGAAGCUAAAGACCGUCUCCGCAUUCUGAUGCUGCGCAAACAUCCAAGGUCUCUGUUGAUUUUGGAUGAUGUUUGGGAUCCUUGGGUGUUAAAAGCUUUUGACAAUCAGUGUCAGAUUCUUCUUACAACCAGAGACAAGAGCGUUACAGAUUCAGUAAUGGGUCCUAAAUAUGUAGUCCCUGUGGAGAGUGGUUUAGGAAAAGAAAAAGGACUUGAAAUUUUAUCCCUUUUUGUUAAUAUGAAGAAAGCAGAUUUGCCAGAACAAGCUCACAGUAUUAUAAAAGAAUGUAAAGGUUCACCUCUUGUAGUGUCUUUAAUUGGUGCACUUUUACGAGAUUUUCCCAACCGCUGGGAGUACUACCUCAGACAACUUCAGAAUAAGCAAUUUAAGAAGAUAAAGAAAUCUUCAUCUUAUGAUUAUGAGGCUUUGGAUGAAGCCAUGUCUAUAAGUGUUGAAAUGCUCAGAGAAGACAUCAAAGAUUAUUACACAGAUCUUUCCAUCCUUCAGAAAGAUGUUAAGGUGCCUACGAAGGUGUUGUGUAUCCUCUGGGAUAUGGAAACUGAAGAAGUUGAAGACAUACUGCAGGAGUUUGUUAAUAAGUCUCUCUUGUUCUGUGAUCGAAAUGGAAAAUCAUUUCUUUAUUAUUUACAUGAUCUUCAAGUAGAUUUCCUCACACAGAAGAAUCACAGCCAGCUUCAGGAUCUACACAAGAAACUAAUCACUCAGUUCCAGAGACAUUUCUGGCUACAUUGUCUUUCACCGGAUCAGGAGGACUGCAUGUAUUGGUACAAUUUUCUGGCCUAUCACAUGGCUAGUGCUAAAAUGCACAAAGAACUGUGUGCUUUAAUGUUUUCCCUGGAUUGGAUUAAAGCAAAAACGGAGCUCGUAGGCCCUGCUCAUCUGAUUCAUGAAUUUGUGGAAUACAGGCAUAUGUUGGAUGAAAAGGAUGGUACAGUCUGUGAGAAUUUCCAGGAGUUUUUAUCUUUAAAUGGACAUCUUCUUGGACGACAGCCAUUUCCUAAUAUUGUACAACUGGGCCUCUGUGAACUGGAAACUUCAGAAGUUUAUCAGCAAGCUAAGCUGAAGGCCAAGCAGGAGGUCGAUAACGGAAUGCUUUACGUGGAAUGGAUAAACAAAGAAAACAUCAAGAAUCUCUCCCGCUUGGUCGUCCGCCCCCAUACAGAUGCUGUGUACCAUGCUUGCUUUUCUGAGGAUGGUCAAAGAAUAGCUUCUUGUGGAGCUGAUAAAAACCUGCAGGUUUUCAAAGCUGAAACAGGAGAGAAACUUCUAGAAAUCAAGGCUCAUGAGGAUGAAGUGCUUUGCUGUGCAUUUUCUGCAGAUGACAGAUUUAUAGCAACCUGCUCAGUGGAUAAAAAAGUGAAGAUUUGGAAUUCUAUGUCUGGGGAACUAGUACAUACCUAUGACGAGCACUCAGAGCAAGUCAAUUGCUGCCACUUCACCAACAAUAGUAAUCACCUGCUCUUAGCCACUGGUUCAAAUGACUGCUUCCUCAAACUCUGGGCUCUGAAUCAAAAAGAAUGUCGAAAUACCAUGUUUGGCCAUACAAAUUCAGUCAAUCACUGCAGGUUUUCACCAGAUGAUAAGCUUUUGGCUAGUUGUUCAGCUGAUGGAACAUUAAAGCUUUGGGAUGUGAAAUCAGCAAACGAGAGGAAGAGCAUUAAUGUGAAGCAGUUCUUCCUAAAUUCAGAGGAGCCUCAUGAGGAUAUGGAAGUGAUAGUGAAAUGCUGUUCAUGGUCUGCUGAUGGUGCUAGGAUAAUGGUGGCAGCAAAAAAUAAAGUCUUUCUGUUUGACAUUCACACCAGUGGCCUGUUGGCAGAAAUCCACACAGGCCAUCAGAGCACUGUCCAGUACUGUGACUUCUCCCCCCAUAACCAUCUGGCAGUGGUGGCUUUGCCCCAGUACUGCGUGGAGUUGUGGAAUAUGGACUCAUGUUUAAAAGUAGCUGAUUGUAGAGGACAUUUAAGUUGGGUCCAUUGUGUGAUGUUUUCUCCUGAUGGAUCAUCAUUUUUGACGUCUUCUGAUGACCAGACAAUCAGGCUCUGGGAGACAAAGAAAGUAUGUAAGAACUCUGCUAUAGCGUUAAAGCAAGAAAUAGAUGUUGUGUUUCAAGAAAAUGAAGUGAUGGUUCUUGCAGUUGAUGAUAUAAAACGUCUGCAACUCAUUAAUGGAAACACAGGUCAGAUUGAUUAUCUGACUGAAGCUCAAGUGAGUUGCUGUUGCUUAAGUCCACAUCUUCAGUACCUUGCAUUUGGAGGUGAAGAUGGAGCCAUUCAGAUUUUAGAACUCCUAAACAACAGAAUCUUCCAAUCCAGGAUUGGGCACAAGAACACUGUACGGCACAUCCAGUUCACAGCUGAUGCAAAGACUCUUAUCUCAAGCUCUGAUGACUCUGCAAUUCAGGUAUGGAAUUGGCAAUCAGAGGAAUAUGUCUUUCUGCAAGCCCAUCAGGAAACUGUGAAAGACUUUAGACUCUUGAAAAAUUCAAGACUGCUUUCCUGGUCGUUUGAUGGAACAGUGAAGGUAUGGAAUAUUAUUACUGGAAGAAUAGAAAAAGACUUUGUCUGUCAUCAGGAUACAGUUCUUUCUUGUGAUAUUUCUCCUGAUGCAACCAAGUAUUCUUCUACCUCUGCUGACAAGACUGCAAAGAUUUGGAGUUUUGAGCUCCUUUCCCCUCUUCAUGAAUUGAGAGGCCACAAAGGCUGCGUGCGCUGCUCUGCCUUCUCUGUGGACAGUAGCCUGUUGGCAACUGGAGAUGACAACGGAGAAAUCAGGAUAUGGAAUGUCUCAAAUGGUGAGCUUCUUCAUUUGUUUGCUCCGAUUUCAGUAGAAGAAGGAGCUGCUACUCACGGAGGCUGGGUGACUGACCUUUGCUUUUCUCCAGAUAGCAAAAUGCUUGUUUCUGCUGGAGGAUAUCUUAAGUGGUGGAAUGUUGUCACUGGGGAAUCCUCACAGACCUUCUACACAAAUGGAACCAAUCUUAAGAAAAUACAUGUGUCCCCUGACUUCAAAACAUAUGUGACUGUUGAUAAUCUUGGUAUUUUAUAUAUUUUAAAGAUUUUAGAGUAAAAUAGUUAAGCAGCGAUGUAAGUUGAACUCUUUUAAUUUUGAAUUGGAAAAAAAAUCCUAAUGAAACUGUAUUUCAACUUUUUAUAAAGCUGUGAAUUGUUUUGCAGUAUUGCAUUCAUUACGAAAGUGUUUGUGGUUGGAUGAAUACUAUUAAUGUAGCUUUUCCCAAAUGAACACACCUUUAAUCUUACUUUUCAUCAUCAUCAUCAUCAUUUUUAACAGUUUGUCCUUAAGAUACAAAUGAAAAUGUAAAUAUGUACCUUGUUAUACCACUGGUAAAAUUCUCCCUUGAUGCAUUCAAAUUGGUUGACAUAAUUAAUGAGAAUAAUUUGAAGGAAAUAUAUAUUUUAAUAAUAUUAUGCAGGCUGUGCCUCAGGGUAGUAGUGGCUUGAUUUCUGAACCACAUUUACCCCAAGGGGGUAUAGUUCUCACAAAUAUAAUCUCAGAACUUACGUGCACCCCUUAAACUUGCUUUAAAAAUAUUGUGUCUACGUGCACAGUUUGCAAAAUUUCCUUUAAUUCACUUGAUAAGUGAGUCUUAGUUUUCAAAAGUACUCUCUGUGAAGCAAAAGUUACGUGUGUUGGAGUGAGUAGAUUUUGUUGGUCUACCUUUUCUCAUUAGCUGAUGGCAGCCCUGGGCUGGACCUGGACUCUAGCAGUCAGUCUCUGAACUGGGCACUCUCCUGCUUUCUCUGGUUUUUUACAUACCAGACUUCCUACUUGACUGAACUUAACCUUUCUUAAUCCUCACUUUUCUCUCUUUUUUUAAAGUAAUUGCUCCACAGUUAAAUGUUAGUAAAUCUGAAUAAUUGGCGAGGAGCCAAUUUUAAUCAUAAUUUUUAACAACAGAAUUUUUCCAAGAUAUAGAAAAUAGUAAAAAAUAAUUUUCUGGGCUUCCCUGGUGGCGCAGUGGUUGAGAGUCCGCCUGCCGAUGCAGGGGACAUGGGUUCAUGCUCCGGUCUGGGAAGAUCCUACAUGCCGCGGAGCGGCUGGGCCCGUGAGCCAUGGCCACUGAGCCUGCGCAUCUGGAGCCUGUGCUCCGCAACGGGAGAGGCCACAGCAGUGAGAGGCCCGCGUACCGCAAAAAAAAAAAAAUUUCUUCUAAUUCCAUUUACUUUUAGAUGAACGGCAUUGCUAGUGCUUUUCUCUUAGUGAAUUUCAACAGAAUUCUCUGUGGUUUUCUACACAGUACUGGAAGAGUCAUUGUGACUGCAAGAUGUCACCUUUAACCUUCCAGCCAGUCUGUUUUCCUUCUCCUUCUCACCCUCCUUCUCUCCUUCCCUCCCUCCAAGUUUAAUCAGGAAAGAUAGUUUUGAUAGGGAAAAAGCAUAUCAGCAUCAGUAACUAGCUUUUUUGAUUUCCUGAUUAGGAACUUUAAUUGUAGCUUAAAUCUAAACAUUUUCCCUGAAAUAUAUUGUUAAGGGAAAUGGUGAUAAAUUAGUAAUAGAUGUGGUUCUUACAUAAAAAAAACAACCAAAAUUCAAAAUUUUUUGUUGCUGCAACAACAACUAAAUCAGAUGAGUAUUAGCAUUAACAGUAGGUAAACACUGAGCCAGUUUCUAUUGUUGGUGCAUAUUAGUAGAUGUGGGGUAGGUAGGGAGGGAACAGACCCCUCCAGAUGUAUUUUAGAUUAGAUGUUCCUAUUUAGCAUUUGAGGGAACCAUACAGAGAGUGAAUAAAAUAUUUUACAUUGUUAAGGAGGUUUUUUUGUUUUUUUGUUUUAUGGUGGGUUGAGGAAUUAAUUUAGGGGCUUACUGUGAUAUAAGCAAAUGUGACAUGAAAGUCUUAAUUUUAUAAAAAGAAAUUUCUGUAAAUGAUAUGUUCUGCUUAGAGUACCCAAAUCAUAAUUUGAUUUGCAUACAAUGUUUAGGAACUCAUUUAUAGCUCAGAGUAUAAAGUAUUAACUUUUGGAAUUAAAAGUCACUUGACUGUAAAAGUAUAACAACAAACAUCAGCUUUUAAAACACCUUGAUUGGCUCUUAUCUUACAAAUAAAUUAAAAAGAAAAAUGAGAAGAAAGACCAGGUAACAUAAGGAAGAAGAAAAGCCUUUCAUAGCAGCUUAAGUGGCCAGUCAAGGGGAGGGUUUUGUUUUGUACUUUUGGUUGAGCAUAUUUUUUUUGUAUUGGAAAUACAUUGCAUUUUGUAUAUAUAAGAUUUUUUUUUACAUUGGAUGUGUCUUGUAUGUUUUGAAAACUGUUAGUUUUGUAUUUAUGAUACAGCUUACAUAAUUUUUUGGUGUGUGUUGGUAUACAUUUUAAUACACGAAUUUAAAACAUUUUAUAAAAAUAAAAUUUCUAAAAUAUUUUUGAAAAACA